AUGCGACCAGUAUCGUUGCGAGUCUUAGUAACUAGCAGACCAGAACUCCAUAUUCGUCUUGGCUUCAAGCAGAUGCCAAAUGGAACCUACCAAGAUCUUGCCCUGCAUGAAGUCGCAAAGAACACUAUUAAACGUCUCUUAUAUGAGUACGAGCUUAGUGUAAUACACCAAGCGCGCAUGCUCUCUCCAGACUGGCCAACAACGGAUCAGAUCCGAACCCUGGUCGACCUAGCUGUGCCACUGUUCGUCUUUGCUGCUACUGUGUGCCGAUAUAUUCGCACGAAGGGAGGUCACCCCGAAGGGUACCUGAACAAGGUGCUACAGUAUCAGAAGUCAACCUUUUCACAGCUUGACCGAACCUACCUUCUUGUUCUAGAGCAGCUGCUUGCCGAGCAGAAAGAGGAUGAGAAGGAAGCAUGGCUGCACGCAUUUCAAAGAAUUGUGGGCAGCAUUGUUAUUCUAGAAAGCCCGCUCUCUAUUAAGUCCCUUGCGCACCUUUUGCAAGUCCCACAAGAUAAUUCUAAUGAACUACGACGUAUGAGAGACUCAUAA